AUGAGUCUCAGGCCCAUUUUUCCGUUGGUUUGGGGAGAGCGAUCGAAAGACAACUACGAGAAGUUGCAUCUGUUGGGGCCUGUUCUGCAUACCAGGCUAACACCGGAUCAGGUCCUGGAUUACUUGGAUCCUACGCUGAUGUGGAACACGUUGCUGCAGUCGGAGCAAACAACUGCCCUUGUCGCACAUUUCUUUGCACGUGUCACGAAGCUGCUGCUGCAUCCGGAGGACCCAGUUUAUCAGCCGGUGGUAUCGUUUUUGCUUCUGAAGCCGGAUGUCGAUUUGGAGAAUGUGCCGGAGAUGUACAAGCUGCUGAUGAGUUGCAGUACGCAAUUCCACGACACCGAACGCCACUGGUGCUUGCGUCUCAUCACUGAUUCACUCAUCGAACCAAAUGACUACAACAUUCUACAGAAGAGAUAUGGCAUCAAGCUGUUUCUAUCACUUUUUGGCAGCAGCAUCGCGGAUAGACAAACCAGAAAAUACAUCCUGCUAUCGCUGCGUGCCGCACUGCAGCACCGGUCAGUGGCAAAUGAUCUCUACAGGCGACAGAACUUGCAUUCCUGGAUUGUUCUAUCCUUACAGGUGCAGUUUUCGUGUCUAUUCACGACACUCAUCAAGCGCAUCAAGAAAAUUUGGCGCAGGAACGCGAAAAAUGGUGCUAGAGAGAGCGAGUGGCGUAAAAAUAUCACGCAAAAUACGUGCCAGAUCCUGGGAAGCAAGGUUUGUUACUGCUUUGAACAGUCAAUGUUUGACAGCACUUCCGGUGCUAACUUUCCCCGCUCCCGAUUACUGGACCGAUGAUU